AUGACGGAAAUCAAGGGACAUUGCGACCCCGCAUUUGAAUCUGUGCGUGAGCUGUUGCUGGAGCGAUUCAACAGCGGAGAUGAGCUCGGUGCAUCACUGUGCAUCAACAUCGACGGGAAGAAUGUGCUCGAUCUAUGGGGCGGCUUCGCGGAUGAGGCCCGCACUCGACCGUGGGAACAAGACACUGUGACCGGCGUCUGGUCCUCGAGCAAAGUCAUCACCUGCCUGGCUGUCAACAUUCUCGCCGAUCGAGGGCUUCUCGACGUGAACGAAAAAGUGUCCACCUAUUGGCCCGAGUUCGCUGCCAAUGGCAAGGAAAACGUCAAGGUGUCUCAUAUUCUGAGCCACACGUCCGGCGUCCCUGCAUGGGCACCGGGGAUUACUCUCGAGGAGGUUCUGGAUGUGGAGGGGGCCACGAAGAAACUUGCCGAAUUAGCACCUAUGUGGACGCCGGGAGAACUCAGUGGUUACCACCUGGUUUCGCAAGGCCACUUGCUGGGCGAGAUCGUGAGACGAGUGAGCGGCAAGUCGCUCACUCAGUUCAUCGCGGACGAGAUCGCCGGCCCUCUCGAUGCAGACUACCAUCUCGGUCUGCCCGAAAAAGAUUGGCCUCGAGCGGCGGAGUUGAUCCCUCCCACUUCCGGUCCAAUGCCCAAAGUCGACCCGACCAGCAUCGUGGCUAGGGCGUUCGCCGGUACGCCCAUGGGUGAGGCCUUUGCCAAAGCUCCCAACACCUCUGAGUUUAGAAAACAAGAGCUGGGGGCUAUUGGCGGUUUUACCAACGGUCGCGGGCUGGCACGCAUCGGAGCGAUGGUAUCCUGCAAUGGCACUCUGGAUGGGAAAAAAAUCAUGUCCCCCGAAACAAUCUCGAACAUGUUGCAGGAGCAAGUGGCAGGGACUGAUGCGGUCUUGAUGACCGAUCUGCGCUUUGGUCUUGGAGUCGGCCUGCCAAACCCCGAGACCUUCCCCGCCAUUCCCGAGGGCAACAUCUGCUAUUGGGGAGGAUGGGGAGGCUCAUUGAUCCUGAUGGACCUCGACCGUCGGAUGACCAUCGGGUAUGUCAUGAACAAGAUGCAUCCGACUGUGGUGGGAUCUGAAAAGACGACCCACCAGUACAUCAAGGCGAUCUACAGUGCGGUGGACCAAGCAAAGUUAUAG